GAGUAGGAAGAAGUGGGAGGAGGGAAGAGAGACGGACAGAUUAAAAGAGAGGGUCAAAGAGGAAUAACAGACAAGAACACGAAGAAAGACCAAUUAGAAGGCAGGAAAGAGCUUUUGAGAGGGAAGGAAAAAUUUUUUUAAGAAGAAAACGAAAAGUUGAAGAGGACAAAAACCAGAUUCCCUGAAAUCUAUCCAUGGAUGCCAGAUUCAGAACUGCUGCCCUGGAUGAUGGUACAUGAGCUGAGUCUUAGAGAAAGCCCGGGCCUUGGAGAGGUGGAGAGAAGGAAUUCCGGGAAUGUGCGUAGGGGUGAGAUGCACAAUGGUCAAGGAAGGUUGGUGGGCAAGACUGUGGACCAAACCCAGAGGUGGCGGUACCCUUCCUUGCAGCUGAGGAGAGAUGGGUGACUGGAGCUUCCUCGGGGAGUUCCUGGAAGAAGUCCACAAGCAUUCCACGGUGAUUGGCAAGGUCUGGCUGACCGUCCUCUUUAUCUUCCGAAUGCUAGUGCUGGGCACUGCAGCAGAAUCCUCCUGGGGAGAUGAGCAAGCCGACUUCCAGUGUGAUACGUUGCAGCCUGGCUGUGAGAACGUCUGCUACGACCAAGCCUUCCCCAUCUCCCACAUCCGAUACUGGGUGCUACAGAUUAUCUUCGUCUCCACGCCAUCCCUGGUAUAUAUGGGCCACGCGAUGCAUACUGUACGCAUGGAGGAGAAACGAAAGCUGAAGGAGGCCGAGAAGGCCAAGGAGUCCAAAGGCGCAGACACCUAUGAGUACCAGGCGGAGAAAGCUGAGCUGUCCUGCCGGGAAGAGCUGAAUGGAAGGAUCAUCCUUCAGGGCAGCCUGCUCAACACCUAUGUCUGCAGCAUCCUCAUCCGUACCGCCAUGGAGGUGGCUUUCAUCGUGGGCCAGUACCUUCUUUAUGGGAUCUUCUUGGAGACCUUACACGUCUGCCGCCGGAAACCCUGCCCUCACCCCGUCAACUGCUAUGUGUCUCGACCCACUGAGAAGAAUGUUUUCAUCGUAUUCAUGCUGGCCGUGGGGGGUCUGUCCCUCUGCCUUAGUCUGGUGGAACUCUACCAUCUGGGCUGGAAGAAAGCCAAGCGUCACUUCGCCCAGCCUUGCCCCGGAGGGGUGGAGGCCAGCCUGCCUCCGUCUCCACCGGGGGUGGGCCAGAACUGCACGCCACCCCCAGACUUUAACGAGUGUGUAGACAGCAGCCCCCGUCAGAAGUUCUACAGUAGCCAUUUCAGCAAUAACAUCGCCUCGCGGCAGAAUACAGACAACUUAGCCACAGAGAAGGUCCAGGGCCGAGAGGAGGCUGGAGGGAGGGCUUUUCUGCACUUGCAAUACUCCGAGGCGCCCGAGGUGGCUAAUGGGGUUUCCAAUGCCCACCGCCUCCCCCAUGGUUACCACGGUGAUAAGCGCCGCCUGAGCAAGGCUAGCAGCAAGGCCAGGUCAGAUGACCUGUCGGUGUGAGCGUG